AUGACACAAAUCAAUAAUAAUCUUCCUCCUUAUGCUGAGGAAUUAUUAACUAGACCUAAAAAAAAUAAUUGGGGUUCCACCGCUGUUUUAAAACGCAAGGAAGCGGAGGGUGCUAUCACCAUUAAAAAUGAAAAAGAAAUAUUUUUAUUGAAACCUUUAACAAAAGAGCAAGGAACUCAAACCGAAUUAAAGAGUAAGGAAAUUGAUUAUUUAUAUCAGCAAACUACCAGUUUAACCAAGGAAAAAAAUAAAGUUAGAUUAUUAAUAAACAAAUCGCAAAGUUUACGAGAAGAAAGAAAAAAGUUAUUAGCAAAAAUUAAGGAACAAGCAAAUGAAGAUAUUUUAAGUCAGCAAACUAUUAUUAAUUUACAAGAAGAAGUAGCCUGUUUGGAAGAGAAAUUAAAAAUAGAGGAAUUGGAAAAUAAUAUCACCAGCAUUCAAAACCUAUUGGGAUUAGAUGACCUUAAUAAUCUCCCUCAAAUACCACAAGGAGAAACCUUGAUUAGUUUAUUGGAACGACCAACCCAAGAACAAUUACGGAAAAAAGAAGGCAAGAUAAACGAAUGA